AUGUCUCCUCUGCAUUCUCAAUUACUAGUUUUCAGCACCCUCAUUUUGCUUCUCAAUGUCCAAUUAAGUCAUGCCACGUCGACAACGACAGCAAUUGCCAAAGACCAAAUAUCCUGCACAAUGUGCUCCUCCUGUGACAACCCAUGUCAGCCCAUUUCAUCUCCGCCACCACCACCAUCAUCUGACUAUAAUUUUCAUCCACCACAAUAUUGCCCGGGAGGUUGCUCUCAGCAGCCUCCAUCACCACCUUAUGAUGGCGGUGGUGGUGGUGUCGGUGAUGGUGAUUACUACUAUCCUCCAACAGACCCUUCUGUAUACCCAAUCCCUCCACCUCCAAACCCCAUUCUGCCAUAUUUCCCUUUCUAUUUUCACAACCCUCCUUCACCUUAUACAGUUGACUCCAAAUCUGUUCAGUUCAAGAACCAUCCUUUUAUCACUUGUCUCAUUCUUGUUCUACCCAUUUUCUUGUGUCUGUAA